AUGUCUAAACCUCCUGUUUCUCGCGAAGAACACCAAAUAUUUCUUCAACUUCAGCAAAGAAAUGCUUCGGUGAAUGAGUAUCGAGCUGAACUUGCUUCCUAUUAUUCUCAUCCACAAUGGCAACGAUGUACGGUUCCUCCUCUUUUUGUUCCUUGGCACGAUCUGAAACUAUAUCAUCAGUUCAUCAUGAAUUUGAAGGAUGCCAACAUGAACUCCGAAGAACAACCAUCUUCAUCUGGUCUUUCAAAGAGAUUUGAAUUAAUCUCUCAAAAUUUUGAAGAACGUUUGAAAUACUACUCUGAUCAAGGACACUUAAAGUCGUGUGUCGAUUUUCUUCAGGAUUUACAUGAUGGUGGGCACACUGUGUACUUGAUUAUGGAUCAAGAAGAAGUGAACACUCAGCGUGCCUACACAAUUGGUGUUCAUUAUUGGUAUCCUGAAUGUACUGAAUUUCUCUUGUCCAUGGAUGUUGGCAAUGAGCUAAGUCAACAAGUCAUCUUUUCACUCACUGGCAAAAUCUUGAAUUAUUUGGCUGAGGUUGUCAAAAGCGCUCCAAAUUCCAUUCAAGCUGGAACCAAAGUGAAACAUGUGUUGCCAUUCAUUUCGAAUGAUGCUGUCGUUUUUGAUGAAAUCACACCAGAAGAACGUCAGCUGCAUUUAGGAACCGCAAAAUGGUUUUAUAUCAACUUUGCUGAUAGUUUUGAUUUCCCUUGUUUGAAAUUACACUUGGGACAAGAAGAGGUCUCUGAAUUUUUGACAUCUCUUUCUGAAAUCGAGCAAGAACGUGGUUCGUUAAUGAAUCAAAUCUAUGAACAUGAUUCCAAUGUGGUAUAUUUGAAACAUGGUCCAGUGAGUACAAUUCCUGAUAUUGAGCUAGCGUCGAACAGUGCAAUGCUAGACUUUAUCGAAUUAGCAAUGAAAGUGUCAGAAAAGGAGUUUGAAAACAAGACCAGUGUCAGUUCUCUGGACGAGCUGAAUCGAGCUGCUGGAGGUUGCUCAUUAGAGAAAUUGAAGACUCUCAUCAAGAACCAUCCAUCUUUCAAUAUUGUGAACAAGGAUUCAUUUGAAUAUGCCAUGUGGAACGAUAAAAUAGACACCAUGCAUUAUCUGAUUCAGAAAGGACUUAAUUUAAAGGGUGAUGGCAAUGAUCGAACAUUAUUGAUGAACGCUGUACAAUAUGGCCAUGAGGAGGCAGUGAAAAUUCUGCUUAAAGCAAACGCUCCACUCAAUGAUCGAGAUUGUGAAAAUUGGACUUGUCUUUCUAUUGCUUCCAGGGCUGUUUUACAUACUGACAUGGCUCUCGCAAAGAGAAUUAUGAACAUGUUGUGGGAAAGUGGAGCAAGAGAAAUGUAA